AUGGCAGCAGUGACAGCAGCGACGGCCUCGUCGCCCUCGGCCGCAGUCGACCCCUCAACGCGCAAACGCGUUCUCAGAGUCGUCACUAUCUCUCUCCUUCUCGACUUGAUAUCCUUCACCUUCAUCCUCCCUCUCUUUCCGAAGCUCCUCGAGUUCUACCGCGAUCGUGAAGUCGGUCCCGCUAUCGCCGACGCCAACGCCCCUACGACCCUCCUCCAGUCUGUUCUCUCGGGCCUGAACCGCUACAAGGCUGCCUUCGCUCGACCCAUUGACUCGCGCUACGACAUCGUCCUCCUCGGCGGCGCCCUCGGGUCCCUCUUCAGCCUGCUGCAGGCCGUCGCUUCCCCGCUCAUCGGUCGCCUCUCUGACCGUCACGGCCGCCGUACCGCCCUGUUAGCCUCCAUGUGCGGCAACAUCCUCUCCGUGCUCCUGUGGGUCGUCGCCGUCGACUUCCGCACCUUUGUGGCCUCACGCGUCGUCGGUGGCCUGUCCGAAGGCAACGUCCAGCUCGCGACCGCCAUGGCGACCGACAUCUCGGACGAGCAGAGCAGAGGCUCGACAAUGGCCCUCAUCGGCGCCUGCUUCUCCAUCGCCUUCACCUUCGGCCCCGGCUUGGGCGCCUGGCUGAGCACCAUCACCACUGUCAAGGAGAACCCUUUCGCUACCGCCGCCGGCUUCAGCCUGUUCCUCAUCCUGACCGAGACGAUUUACCUGUACUUUUGCCUCCCCGAGACCCUCCCCGCCCUGACGGGCAAGGGCCGCGCCGUUGCGACCAAGGGCGAGAAGGAUACCAAAACGACGAAGACGACUACUGCUCCGAGCCCGCUGCUGCGCACAAACUCUCACUUCCUCCUCAAUGCCGUUCACUUCGUCUUUCUGCUCUUCUUCUCCGGUAUGGAGUCCUCGCUGUCCUUCAUGACCUACGAGCUCUUCGCCUUCGGCUCCUCCAAAAACGGCCGUCUCCUUGGCUUUGUCGGCCUCGUCGCCUCGAUCCUGCAGGGCGGCGUCACACGCCGCUUGCCGCCCCUGCUCUCCGUGCGCGUGGGCGUCGUGGCGUGUCUCGUGUCCUUCGUCCUGCUGGGCCGCAUCACGACCACCUCGGGGCUGUACGUCGCGGCGACAUGCCUGGCCAUCACCUCGGCGACGGUCGUUACUGGCCUGAACGCUCUUAGUAGCUUCGAGGCCGCCGAGGGCGAGCGCGGCGGCAAGCUUGGUAUCCUCCGCGGCUGGGGCCAGCUUGGUCGCGGGCUGGGACCCAUCCUCUUCACGAGCGUCUACUGGUGGGCCGGUCGCGAGGUCGCGUACACCAUGGGCGCCACAGGGAUAGCGGUCGUGGCCGCGGCUGUGUUUGCAGGUCUUAAGACACCACCCGGCUCGUUGAAGAAGAAGGUACCCGCCGAGAAGAAGGCCGCAUAA